AUGAUAGUGAUAUCAUCUUACGCAAAUAUAAUCCAACUCCUCAAAAAUAUCCAAACACCCAAGGAACCAGCAAACGCAAUGUUUUCCAUUAGCUCAACCUCCAGCUCGUCUGAUUCUGAUCAAUACGUUGAAUUUGAUCAUUUAGUUGACGAAUUUGUCACAACCCAUCUACCAACUUUGUUGUAUAACAACCAAACACAACCCCAACCAGUAUCCAAUGUUGAAUGUGUUCCAGAGCGUAGAGGGGAUACGGAUAGAAGAGAUAGGGAAAAGGGGCAUGUUCAAUUAUUUAAUGAUUACUUUGCAAGUAAUCCAGUUUAUAGCGACAAACAAUUCUGGCGUAGAUUUCGAAUGCAACGACCUUUGUUUUGUAGGAUUAUGAACAAGGUGGUCGAGGGGGAUCAAUUCUUCCAGCAGCGUAGGAAUGCAGUUGGAAAGCUUGGGUUAUCACCAUUGCAGAAAUGCACCGCUGCGAUUAGAAUGUUGGCGUACGGUACCUGUCCAGAUGCGGUGGAUGAGUAUCUGCGCAUUGGCGAAACUACCUCCAGAUUGGCUUUGCAACAUUUUUGUCAAGGGGUUAAUACUCAUUUUGAAGCUGAAUAUCUCAGAAGUCCCACCAACGAAGAUUUAAGGAGAAUCUUGCAUCAAAAUGAAAUGCGAGGUUUUCCCGGUAUGAUAGGUAGCAUUGACUGCAUGCAUUGGGAGUGGAAGAAUUGUCCUAUGGCUUGGAAAGCGCAAUACGCAGGCCGUAAUAAAAAUGCAACCCUCAUUCUGGAGACCGUUGCAGAUCAAGAUUUAUGGAUUUGGCAUGCAUUCUUUGGGAUCCCAGGAUCUUGUAAUGAUCUUAAUGUCCUUUACCGAUCUCCGGUCUUUGAUGAUGUUCUUCAUGGUCGGGCACCUCCAAUUCAUUUCACCGUGAACGACCAUGAGUACAACUUGGGCUAUUACUUAGCAGAUGGCAUUUACCCAAAAUGGGCUACUUUUAUUCAAGGUAUAACACUUCCACAACUUCAAAAGGAUAAAUUAUUUGCUGAUAAACAAGCUGCAGCUCGGAAGGACGUUGAACGGGCUUUUGGGGUUUUACAGGCUCGGUUUGCCAUUCUACGACAACCCUCCCUUGCGUUUAACGAAGACAUAUUGUGUGACAUAAUGAAAGCUUGUAUCAUUAUGCACAACAUGAUUGUCGAAGAUGAACGACACAACUAUGCUCGGGCCGAAGUUUUAAGAAGGUACUAUGAACAAGAUUGCCCGCAAAUUACAAGACCCACUACAAGUGCUACAGUUAACAACAACGAGCCUUUUGAAUUCAAUGUUGGCCGACCGCCAAACAUUGAUUUCGACACGUACGUCCACAGAAGAAUGUCACUACGUGAUAGAGACACUCAUGUUCAAUUAAAAGCGGAUUUAGUGGAACACAUUUGGCAAAAAUAUGGUUCUAUUAAUGAGUAA